AUGGCUGGCGGUUCAAAACGGCACAAGAACGAAAGCGGGAGCGAAAAUAACGCGAUUGACGUUUUCCCGCUACUAUUAUCACAUUCCAUUUUCACUGCUUUCCACAUCAAGAGACUGAUUCGCCAGUACAAUUGGAUCUCAAUUCCGCUUCAGAUUGUCUUUUGUGACCUAACAAUAAUGCCUACCAUCGCCGGGCCGAGUUUGUCUUCUCACAAGCACAUCGUAUCCGCCGGAUCGGAGAAAUUCGAGACCCUUGAAUCCGCCGUGUGUGAGAGUGAGACUCCUCGGAAGCGAAAGCUGAGAUCGAAUUCCGGGGACGAGGCGGCGGCUGUGGAUCUCCUUUCUGGAAAUUCGGUAUGUACGCCGAAGAAAUGUAAAGCUCAUCGACGAAAUGCUGUUUCCAAGGAAGUUAGGGAAGGCUCUGAUGAAAAUCUGGCAGUGGAUCAAUUAUCUGAUUGUUUAGGCUCUGAAUCUAACUGGAACCCUAGAGAUGAGGAGCAAAGGAGAGCUGUGAAAGAGGCACUGCACGUGUCCAAAGCACCGUUAACAAUAGUUUGCCGUGAGGAUGAACAAAGACAUGUUUUCGAGUUUGUGAAAGGCUGCUUAGAUCAGCAGAAGUCUGGGAGUUUGUACAUAUGCGGCUGUCCCGGAACUGGAAAAUCACUGUCCAUGGAGAAAGUAGUACAGCAAGCUGGUGAUUGGUCGAAGCAGGAAGGUUUGCCACCUCCGGAUACACUGUCUGUAAACUGCACGUCGCUGACAAAGACAACAGAUAUUUUCAGUAAGAUACUUGGUGCAAAUGAGUCCGGAAAGAAAGCUGAUGGCUACUCUUCACCACUGGAACAUCUUCAGGUUUUGUUUUCUGAAAAGCAAGAAUCGUCGAGCUCAAGAAUGAUGUUAAUAAUUGCUGAUGAGAUGGAUUACUUGAUCACAAAAGACCGAGGAGUUUUGCAUGAUCUUUUUCUGCUUACAACUUUGCCAUUUUCAAGGUGUAUACUUAUAGGGGUUGCAAAUGCAAUAGACCUUGCAGAUCGUUUUCUUCCAAAACUGAAGUCCCUUAAUUGUAAACCUCUGGUUAUCACUUUCCGUGCCUAUUCUAACGAUCAGAUCCUUAAGAUACUAAAGGAGAGGCUUAUGGUUCUCCCAUACGUUGCAUUUCAAUCAAAAGCCCUGGAGCUCUGUGCAAGAAAAGUUGCGGCUGCAUCGGGUGACAUGAGAAAGGCUCUAUGUGUCUGCAGAAGUGCUUUAGAAAUUUUAGAAAUAGAAGUAAGAGGAUUGUCUGGCCCAGAAUCACAAAGUCCAACUCCAGAUGAUCAAAUGGUGAGGAUGGAUCAUAUGGCUGCUGCAUUAUCUAAGACGUUUAAAUCUCCAGUAGUCGAAACUAUCCAGUCUCUUCCUCAACACCAACAAAUCAUAGUAUGUUCUGCUGCAAAGGCUUUUCGAGGGAGCAAAAAGGAUGCAACCGUUGUAGAGCUUAAUAAGUUAUACCUGGAAAUCUGUAAAUCUAGGAUGAUCUCUCCAGCUGGAAUUACAGAGUUCACCAACAUGUGUACAGUGCUAAACGAUCAGGGGAUUCUGAAAUUCGUUAAAGCUCGUGGGGAUAAACUAAAGAGAGUUAGCUUGAGAGUAGACGAAUCAGACAUUACGUUUGCUCUUCAGGGAAUACGAUUUUUCCGCAACUGUCUUCUGUGAGAGAAACUUCAUUCCUACAUCUUGUACAAACGAUAGCCGAAUAAGUUGUAAAAGCAUGGAUAGACACUUUUAUUAGAGUAAUUUAUGUAUUAGUAUGAACACUUGAGUUGUAAAAUCGCGGAUAGGACAGGAUAUGUGUUCGUAUAGGUUUACAAAAAGUCUAUAAUUCGAAAUAGAAUACUGUUAUUAAUCGGACAUUUUCUACACGAGAAACUUACACUAGUAUAUCUAGUUAUAUGACAAGUUGCUUAAUUUUGAG